UCUCGCGUCACCUGGUGCUCUAUGUAUGUUUACCUCCCUCACUCAGUCUCUGUGGAAUCAUUGGUCAGUGGUCAUGUUCGUUGUGGCUGUGUGGUGGUCUGCUCUUCGUUGCUUGUGUCUUCGUUCCGAGUUCCUUGUUCCUGCUACCCAGAGAAGACAGGUGGCAGCAGGUGCAGGAAGAGAGAAAGCAGCUGAUAAAAGACAUGUGCAAUGAUGAAACUAUGUCAUUGAAGGACAUCAGACAUUGGAAUUUUCUGGUGGACGAUGACCAUUGUCUCAUCUACUGCUAUGUCCCCAAGGCAGCAUGUACGAACCUGAAGAAAUUCAUGUUUGUACUAAAACAUGGUGAACCCUACAGUGACCCUAGGGAAAUACAAGGAGAUAUUCACUUACUUGGAAACCUAACUCAUCUGGCACUACAUUCAAGUUCUAAAAUCGAGGCAAAACUGAAGCACUACACCAAGUUCAUGUUUGUCCGUCAUCCAUUUGUACGAAUCAUUUCUGCCUACGUUGACAAAAUUAGGCACCGGGAUUCCUAUUUUUAUACCACAUUUGUACGGGAUAUUCUAGUCUCUAUGCUAACCACACAAAUCCACCAGAGACAGUUGAAGAGGGAAACGCACAGGGAUUGGUUCCAUCCUUUGAAAAUUUCAUUCAGUACUUGGUGGAUCCACGAACAGAGAAGCAAAAGCCAUUUGAUACACACUGGAGACAGAUGCACCGCUUGUGUAAUCCCUGCCUCGUAGAGUAAGAUCAUAUUUUUUUAAACAGAAGUGACACUUUGCACCUCACUUAUUCCCAUUCCUAUAAUCAAACCUCUGAUGUCCA